ACUUGAACCAUUUCGAUGUCUGUUUUAGUACGGAACCGACGACAAUUGUAGUUUUGGGUGGUUUUCGAUCCCUUUAGUGUUGUUACUUGAGACAAAUGUCCUUUAGAAACCCAUUGAAUAACCCGAAUACUAGACUAUUCGUCUCUUAUUUGGGACUAGUGAAUACAACUGCUGCAGGUUUAUUUGGUCUCGAUAAGGAACAGGCGAGAACAGGAGGUUGGAGAAUUCCUGAAAAGGUUCUUUGCUCCACAGCAUUGGUUGGCGGUUGGUUGGGAGGUUUCGUAGCCAUGAGAAAGUUUCAUCAUAAAACGAAAAAGCAAAGUUUCCUUCAAAAGUAUUACGCUUGUGUUGCCGCCAACAUAGGACUGAUGGGUUUAUUAGCUGCACCGACGAAGCUUCGAAACCACUUGAUGCAACGUUUUUUGCGUAGAUGACUUGAUCCAAAUCUCCGCAAGUUCAUUCAAGUGGUGCGACAAAAAGAUAUUCCGAGUCUUAUCUGAACUAACGUCAGUGUAAAGAGUGUAUACAAACUUUUUAUUCCCUUG